AUGGGGCAAUCAAAUAUAACAAUGCCAACUGAGUUCAUCCUGAUGGGGGUCACACAGACUGCUGAGCUGAAACUCCCUCUGUUUGCAGUCUUCCUUACUAUCUACACAAUCACCGUGGUGGGAAACCUCGGCAUGAUCAUUUUGACCAAACUGGACUCUCGCCUACAAACCCCUAUGUACUUUUUCAUCAGACACCUUGCUUUCAUUGAUCUUGGAAAUUCCACUGCCAUCUGCCCCAAGAUGCUGGUGAAUUUUGUUGUGGAUCAAAACACCAUCACAUAUUAUGCUUGUGCCACACAGAUGGCAUGCUUCAUUAUGUUCAUUGUCAGUGAAUUUUCAAUCUUGUCGUCCAUGGCCUAUGACCGCUAUGUGGCCAUCUGCAACCCUCUGCUCUACAGUGCGAUAAUGUCUCAGAGACGCUGUCAAGUGCUUGUUGGCAUUCCAUAUCUCUACAGUACUUUCCAGGCUCUACUAUUCCCUAUUAGGUAUUUCACAUUGACCUUCUGUGGUGCUAAUGUCAUAAGCCAUUUCUAUUGUGAUGUUGUUCCCUUACUACCUUUGAUCUGUUCACAUGUAGAAGAGACAGAAUUAUUGACUAUAUUGUUUUCAGCCUUCAAUUUAAUCUCUUCUCUUCUUGUCGUUCUUUUGUCUUACAUGCUAAUUUUGUUAACCAUAUUUCGAAUGCGUUCUGCAGAAGGUAGGAAAAAAGCUUUCUCCACUUGUGGUUCCCAUCUGACAGUGGUGGUUGUGUUCUAUGGUUCUCUACUCUUCAUGUAUGUUCAGCCUAAAUCUGCUCACUCAUUUGAAUAUGACAAAGCAGCCUCUGUGUUUUAUACUUUAGUGAUCCCCAUGCUGAACCCCUUAAUUUAUAGUUUAAGGAAUAAAGAGGUAAAAAAUGCCUUUCAUAGAGUGUUUAAGAAUCGAUGAAGACUGCAUUAUUCAGUAUUAAGUAAUAAUAUGUGA